AUGGCAACUGACGCGUCCUUGCACGAAGACCCCAGCGACCAGACUUUCACUCCCAUUAUUGCUCUCUCACGUUACCCAUACAAGCUCAUCAAAGACGACAGCCUGUCUCAGCAGAUAGCCAGCCGGUUCUUCGACAAGAACCAAUUCUGGGCCCGAUCUUGGGACAUCUACUACCACUAUACGCCCGCCAGCCUGGGCUGUCGAUGCAUUCUACUCACCCCAGCCAGAUACGCCCGCCGCUUCCUCGGUGAGAUUAACCGCACCCUCAAUUGCACCCUCCAACUCCCGGCGGAGCGCGACAUGGGCCUAGUCCUUCCCUUCGCCAAUGAUGCAUACCCGCAGCCGAAAUUUCUCGGAACGAGCACCAACCGUGAGACCAAGGACCGUCUGCAAGCCCGUGUGCCACCCCCAUCCGAGCGUUACCUCGACCCCUGGAAAGACCUGGGCGACGAGCACAAGGAGCUAGCUGUUGCCUACGAGGCGAUGCUGGAAGCCGCCUGCGACGCUACGAAGAGCAAGAGAAAGACCAACACAGCCCACAAGCAGCAGCAACGCAUGGAGCUCGAGCACCGGCGCAAGGAGUCGCUGCUUCGCGCGCAACAGUACCUGGGGAUGCGGCCCGCGGGCACCAUCGACGAAUCCCUGACAUACGCCCCGUUUAACAUGAAUGCCGUGGCCCCGUUCGCGUUCUGGAAGGAUCCUGUCUUCGUCAGUGUGGAUGUGGAAUGGAACGAGCGCUGCAGUUCCCAGAUCACGGAGGUUGGCCUCUCGGUGCUGGAUAUGCGCAAGCUGCACGGCGUGCGACCCUCUUCGAUUGAUGGGGUUAUUUGGCGCAGGGCCAUCCGGUCCCGUCACUUGCGCGUGCGCGAGUACAGUCACCUGGUCAACAAUGAGUUCGUGAGGGGCUGCCCAGGGGACUUCCGAUUCGGGACCAGCGAGUUCGUGAGCCUGGAAAAACUGAAGGGGGUCGUGCAGGAGGCGUUCCAGCAGGUGGCUGUUGCCGAGAAGAAAGAAGAUGACUCGGGGAAUCGUCAUGUGGUGCUUGUUGGCCACAGUCUCGCCGCUGAUUUGGAACACCUACGCAAAAUCGGGGUGAAGCUGGAGAUGGUGAAUGAUCGCUUGGACACUGCCGGGCUUGAUUGCGCUAUGCAUGCCGAUCCGCAGCAGCAACAGCCGAUGCAACCCCGAUCCCUGGGAACGGUGAUGACGGAGCUGGGCCUGGAGCCGUGGCAUCUUCAUAAUGCAGGCAACGAUGCGCAUUAUGCGCUUGAGGCGUUGGUGGCUAGUAUCCUAGGCUACAAGGAUGGCAAUUGA